UGCACCUCUCCUCGUCCUGCGCCUCCACCUGAGUCACUGGUACUCACUGUGGAAGAAUCCUGUCUCACACCACUGGAUCUGGGCCAAGAAGAACAGGACGGCUACGUGACAGCUCUGGAGGGGAGUACAGAUGAAAUGAGCAGUCGAUAUCACAACUGCGAAGACACUCAACGAAAGGAGCAAAGGUUGCCAUUUCAGAUCUUCCCUGAACCGGUGGAAAUCGUUUUGAGCUCGGAGGCUCUGCUGAACAGUCUGGAACAGGAGCGUGAGAAGGAGCGUCUGCCAUCCAUCGUGGUGGAGCCCACAGAAGUGAGCGAGGUGGAGAGCGGGGAGCUGCGUUGGCCUCCAGAGAACGUGGACAUGGACGACGACGAAGAAGACCUGUUCCUAGAACAGUGUAUCCCUCCUGCCAACAUCGCUGACUGGGGAGAUGAAGAAGAGGAAGAGGAGGAGGAGGAGGAGGAGGAGGAGGAGACGUCAGUUAUAUUGCAGCAACAGCAGGGCUUGACACUGAUUGAUAUUCAGUCAGAUGCCUUCAGGGAUGACACCCCGACCCUUCCACCAAGCAGUGCUCCCACCUUUAACUGACUCAUGUUCCAUAUAACUUGGUGACUCACUGUGAUACAAUAUCUAUAAACACGUAAAUUAGUUUCAGAGUACCUAAAACAGAUGAGUAACAUGGCACAACAUGAGGAAACUUUUAAUUUGUUGUGUAAGACCAACCACAGGGACAUUGGGACAUGAAUAAACUGACAUAUUCACUCUUGAAUGUUGUUCAAAAAAAGGUCUUGCUGACAUUGUGUGUUUGAUUUCCCUUAUUUAUUGUUGUCAUGGAGUGGACAGAGAAAUUUGUCAUAUUUAUAAUUAUGUUUCUACAAACUAUUAGUUUGUUGUUAAAAAUUGUUGUAUGGAUUUAUACAUGUACUCUAAAAUGUAUUAACUCCUCUAUAUGCCAACUGAUUAAAUUAUGCAGGUGUCAUUACACCCAGAGCAUUAGGUUAGGGCCAAAAACAUUUAACAAACAAUUCCUUAAGUUUCUUAACAUGACAUUUUUUCUAACUGUAUGCCUUCGACAACUCUGUGGAAAUAUUUAACACUUAAUCAGUUUUAAAAAACCGUGAAAUUCCCUUUUUUCAAAAUAUAAAGUUGGUUUAUCUUAGUGGUUAAUGGCAGCUUUACAUGGUUUGUUUUCCAUUAGUGAACUCUGUUUAAUGUCAAAGUAAAAGACACGUUGCAUGUAGACGGUUGUGUUUGUACAUAAAAACACUGAAUAAACAAGACUGAGAAAUUAACUUUCCCUCUUUGUUUUUUUAAGUGAUAUUUAGUUCCCAUAAAAAAACUUAAAAAAGGGACAAAACCGAAAGAAAAAGAAUAGUUAGUUCCCAUAAUUUUUUUUAUACGAGAUCUCACGUAAUAAAAAAACAAUCAGAAGACUCCCGAUUCGGUGUGUGUUGACGUCAGUUACGGUAAAACACUCACACUGUUGUCGUGCUGAAGAGUGAAUAUUUGAACAAACACAACAGACUAAGAGAAUUAAGAGUGUAACAGUUUCAAACAAUGAAAAUAAAAGUUAAAUAUC